AUGCAACUUCAAGACAAUGAAGGCCACUAUUUGGGUAUUGAUGUUGGAACACAAUCAAUGAAAGGAAGUGUCAUUGCAAUACGUAAUUUUGAACCAAAAUACAAUCAAUCUUCCGAUCCAUCCAACCUGUUGAAUAUCAACAACACCAAUUUUGAAAUUAUUUGGCAAGGAAGUGUUCACUAUGAUUCGGAAUUUGCGUCCACAUAUAUGAUAAAAGGAGGUGUUCUGAAAGGACAGGAACAUUAUUUAUUGAAUUGCAAUGGACAAUUUUUGAAUCGGACAUGUCCUGUUUCAAAUGAUCACCACAAUUCUUCUUUCCAAAAAUGUUCAGAUGAUGAUGGAACUGUAACUUGUCCAAUCUUAAUGCUGGUAGAAUCGUUUGAACUAUUGCUACAGAAAGUUCCGUUAGAAAUCAGAGAAAAAAUUGUAGCAAUUGGUGGAUCUGCUCAACAACAUGGAUCAGUUUAUGUGAAGACGAAAUUUGAGGACGAUCACCAACAACAUGUUCAUCAUAACAUUGAUAUUUGGACUCGUUACAAAUCGCGUUCACAAGGAGUUGGCACUUACAAACUACAAGAAAAUGAUUUUAUGCUUAAAAACUGUCCAAUUUGGAUGGAUAGCUCAACAAGCAAUAUUUGUCAAGAAUUGGAACACAUCAUUGGAGGAGCACAACAACUGAUGAAAAUAACUGGCAGUAGUGCGUACGAACGCUUUACUGCAAGUCAAAUAAUCAAGUUCUCACAACUUUUACAAUGUCAUUUUCCUGUAAAAAAUAUUUAUAACGAAUGUGAAAGAAUUUUAAUAUUAUCCUCUUUCUUUACUAGCUAUUUGACUGGAAAAUAUGAGAGUAUUGAUUUUGGAGAUGGAUCAGGAAUGAAUAUUCUAGAUAUUCAUAAAUUACAAUGGUCUGAUGAAGUUCUAAACGCAAUGUGUAAACUAAUUUACGGAACAUCUGUCAACUCUCUUGAAAACCUACAAAACAAUUUGAAAAAACUUCUGGGAGAAAGCUUAGUUCCUUCAAAUACUAUCGUAGGAGUGAUUAACAAGAUGAUUGCAGAAAAAUUUCAGUUACCAGUCACAUGCAAAAUUUGCUGCUUUUCGGGAGACAAUCUCAAUUCUGCAUCUUUCUUACUGAGGAGUAAUAAUGACUUGUGCAUUUCAUUAGGAACCAGCCAUACUAUUUUUGGUCUCAUGAGUGAUAUUUCAACACACAAUGCUCGCGAAGGACAUGUGUUCAUUAACCCAAGUUUCGUUUCAACUUGUCAUGUCAAAAACAUGACAAACGAUCCCAAGUUCUUGUAUUUGUUGUGUUUUAAAAAUGGAGGAUUGGCAAGAAUGGAUUUGUGUGAAAAAUAUUGUGGAGGCGAUUGGAAACAAUUCGAUGCGUUACUGCUGUCACCAUAUCCUUCGCAUGACAGUGCUAACAUAAUUUAUCAAGAACAAGUGAAACAUGUAGAACACAUGAUAGGUUUUUAUUUUCAAUUUUCAGAAAUUACUCCCCUUUGCUGCAAACCUGGAUAUUUUAGAUUUAUCAAGUUCAAGGAAGAUGAAGAGUAUAUCUUACUCAAGGAUGGGGAGUUUCAGCUGCUACUGUCCAGCAUACAAGAUGACAAUAUGAAAAACUCUCUCAAAAAUUUGGACAUCAAGUCCAUUGUUUACUCCCAGUUGUUAGGACUUAAAUUGCAUGCCAUUCAAAAUGGAUUGUACAAUCCCUCAGAGUCCAAAACGACGAACAGAAUUAUAGUCACAGGUGGUGCAACUCAGUCCAUGGCUCUAUUGAAAAUUCUUUUCUGUGUCUUUCAACUGCCCAUAUUUACCAUGCAAGGGUCAGAGGAUUCGACAACCUUGGGUGCUGCUAUGAGAGCGUUUUAUUCAGUAAGCAAUUUACAAAUGAUGGAUAGAAAGUCUUAUUUUGAAGUGGCAGAGAACAUUUUGCCUCCUUUGCUCGAGGUGGUUUCAACUCUCGAUUUGAAGGAUUUAAAGGCCACCCUUUAUUCAAAUUUUUCAUUAGAAUUGUAUGAAAAUCUUGAAAAACGCCUUCUUUCAGUCUUGAACACUGAUUAA